CUCUCCUGUCAGCUGGCCUUCUGACGAGUGAUCGAGUGAACAUCAUGUUUUGAUUCCUCCUACUUCGGCGAUCCGCCAUCGCGAGAUUAUGGUCGCCGUAUAUAAGGAAGUGCUGGUUCAGAUUGUGCACCUGCAACGCAGACCUCACUUUCCUUCACUUUCGCUUCCUCUACAUAUAGGCCUGCCUCCACCCAAAGGCAUAGAACGUGAGCAAUUACAUUCCUAGCUGCUCAUUAUGCCCAUCCGACCCUUUCCCAAGAUUGUCUCGGUGGAGACAUUCGUUCCCUCUACAGAGGGAUCAGGAGGAGACUACCAUCGUCAAGAAAAGGGCCACUGGAUCAUUGACACACCCAUCUCCAACCCAAUGUCUCGCUUUGAAGAGUACCGUCAUUCACGAACAACGUGGGGCAUCGGCGUGCUGGGCAGUCUCGUCGUUGUUAUCACCGACUCGGAGGGCAAUCAAGGAAUUGGCGCUGGCUUUGGUGGCCCGCCUGCCUGCUGGCUCAUAGAGAACCACUUCAAGCGCUUCCUGAUCGGACGUGAUCCACGCGAUACCAACUGCAUCUACGAGCAAAUGUACAAGGCCUCCAUGUUCUAUGGACGCAAAGGCCUGCCGAUCAUGACCGUCUCGGUCGUUGACCUGGCUAUCUGGGACCUGCUUGGAAAGCUUCGCAAUGAGCCGGUCUAUCGUAUGAUCGGCGGGCAAACCAAACAAUUCAUCCCACUCUACUUGACAGGACCCAAGCCGGAAAAGGCCAAAGAGCAAGGUUUCAUGGGCGGCAAGGUCCCUCUGCCCUACCCGCCAAGCGACGGCUUCGAAGGCCUGCGCAAGAACGUUUCCUACCUCAAAGAAUGCCGGGAGCGCGUCGGACACGACUUUCCACUGAUGGUCGACUGCUACAUGAGCUUGGAUUUGCACUAUGCCGUAGAGCUCGCCAACGCGCUGCGCGACGCGGGAGUAAAUCCUUACUGGCUCGAAGAGGUACUGCAUCCGGACGACCAUGCAGGACACAAGAUUCUGAAGGAGCGCUGCCCGUGGAUGCGCUGGACAACAGGCGAACAUGAAUUUACCGAGUACGGGCAGCGGUAUCUCAUCGAGAGCCGAGCGGUUGACAUCAUCCAAGCAGAUGUCAUGUGGUGCGGCGGAAUUACGGCCAUCCUCAAGAUAGCCGCCAUGGCCGGCGCGUACGACAUCCCCGUCGUACCGCACGGCAGCGGCAAUUACUCGUACCAUUUUGUGAUGAGCCAGCCGCACUCGCAAUUCUGCGAGAUCAUCAGCAACGACCCAAAAGGCGAGACGGCGACGAACGUGUUCGGCGACCUGUUCAUCAAGGAGGUCAUGCCCGUGAAUGGACGCAUCAGUGCUGAGCAGCUCGACGAGGCCGGCCCUGGGUUCGGCCUAGCGUUGAACCCGAAAGCAAGGCUCGUGCCGGGAAGCAAGCUGCUCGGCUUCAGCGACAUCGAGAGGCCGCUCUGCGCCGCAGCGGCGGAUGCAGUGCAUGGAGAGAAGGGCAAAAAGUAGAGCGGUCCAAGAAAAGGUAUCUAGUGUACUUGUAUGGAGGGAGCAUGAUAUACACGUUUGAUCGCGAAUAUAAGACACGUUCCCGCCCAGUCGCUCGCGAGUUUGUCUCUGUGGGCCUGUAUUCUGUGACGUGUG